AAUGGUUAUUCUGUAUAAAAAAGCAUAAGGGUCACUUCAACUCACCGAACGUACACAGUUCGUAUUAAAAAGAAAUGAAAAAUAGUUAAGCGCUGCAUUUUCUACCGGUCUUUUGUCAAUAUCUUGUUGCGCUUGGAACUUUAUGAAUAGCAAACGUGUAACGAAUUGAUAUUUUAAAUUGAUAUAUAUAUUUUUGUUAUUAUAAUUGUGUACAGUCAGUAUACAGUGCAGCAUUGUUAUAUGCACCUGCUUAAAUGUCCAGUUAAGAUUGAGAGCAUUUCCCCAGAACAAAUAUGAAACUUGAGUGUUUGCUGCUGUUGUCGUGGCUGUGGGCAGCAGCAGGCGACGAUGACGUGCUCCCCGCGAAAGUUCGCAUACGCCGCGCCUCUGUUGUCGCCGACAAUAGCAAGGCAACUGCAGCUCAGUUGCACAGCAUCAUCGAUCUGCCAGGCUGCAAGGAUCUGCAAAACUAUUGCACCCAUCUAAAGUCAACUGACAAUUUGGCCAUGCUGGAGUGCGCGUUGAGCUUCAGCUCCAGUCAGUUGGAGGCACUGCCCGAUGACUGCCAACAUGCGCUCUGGCUGCAACAGCGCCAGCUGCAGCUCAACUCUUGGGUGGAGCACAUAUUCCUGCCUAGCUAUUGUGCCGAUGAGCAAACAAAGCUAUUAACCUGCCUUAACUCGGUCGAUCUGUGGUCCUGCCUGGAAGACAAACGUCAACAAUUGCCACAGAGCAGCGGCUGCCAGCAGCAGUUACGUCGUGCUUAUACGUCUCUUGGUCAGGACUACGCCAGUAUUGGCGACUUCUAUGCAGCCUGCGGCGGUCAGGUGGAGCAGCUGAAGUGUGGACGCAUGAAUAUUGAGCAUUUGCCGUCGAUGCUCUCCCAGCUGGGCACGGCCCAAUGCCUCGUUGCCCAUGCUAGCCAAUCAACGAUGGACAUCAACUGCAAAGUGGCUAUCAAUGCCAUUGAGCAACAGCGUGGCAUGUUGGAACUGUUUCGCGUGUGCUCCGGAGAUCUGACUGCGCUGUGCCCACAAGAACGUGCCGGUUCGGCGAGCUCCUACAAGUGUCUCGUCCGGCACAAGAAUGAUCCAGCACUAAGCAGCCAGUGUGCAGCUCAGAUAACAUUGCGUGACCAGCAAAUGGGCAAAGAUUAUCGAGUUUCGCAUGGUCUGGCCAAGGCGUGCAAGGAUGACAUCAAACUGCAUCACUGCCGACGCGGCGUCUCCGAGGAUAAGCAGGUGCGAUUGGCGCAAAUCUUGCUUUGCCUGGAGUCUGUGUCGAAGAACGGUACGAAGUUGGCGCCCGAGUGCAUCGUUGAACUGGACGAUCAUCGACGCAUGCUCAUGACAGACUUUCAACUGUCGCCCGAGCUGCUCAGCGACUGUGCCGACGAUAUACCCAAGUUCUGUCCCGACGAACACAAGUCGCAGCUGGUUAACGGCCUCUCCAGUUCUGGUGGGGAAAUCAUUCACUGCCUUAUGUAUCAUGUGCGCGCAAGGCGGCCACAGCGACGCGUCACAGCUCAGUGUCAGCGUGGACUGGAGACAUUAAUCAAGGCCAGCGAUGCGGGCGAGGACUGGCGUGUCGAUCCUGUGCUUAGGCGUGCCUGCAAAAAAGUCGUUGAUGUUGCCUGCAAGGACGUGGAAGGCGGCGAAGCGCGUGUUAUGAGCUGCCUUAUAGAACACAUAGGCACGACCGCUAUGCGCCCGGAAUGUGAGCAGGCCUUGCUUAUCAUCGAGUAUUUUGUGGCGCGCGACUUCAAACUGGACCCGCAGCUCUACAAGCACUGCCGCGACGAUGCUGUCAAGUACUGCCGCGCCAAGCACCAAUGGGACGAUAUACAGGAUGUACAAAUGGAUCCCGAGCGUGGCCCCAUGAUAUUGCCCUGCCUGCAUCGCAUGGCAUACAGCGAGGACGAGCAUCAUACGUUGCGCAAGGACUGCUUUAGGGAGGUCAAACGUGUGAUGCGGCAGCGGGCGAUAUCUGUAGAUCUGAUACCAGAGGUUGAAGAUUACUGUCUCUCCGACUUGUCCCAGUUCUGUGGCGAGCUCACCGAGAAGGGCUCCGAAAUGGAGUGCCUGCAGAACAGGCUCGAGAAGCUGCAGCCUGAGUGUAGGGCUGUGGUGACCAAGUACACAGAGGAGGAAGCAGCCAACAUUGAGAUGAAUCCGGUCAUAAUGGCCACUUGCUCGGAGGCAAUGCAAAAGCAUUGCUCGGAAAUACUUAAUGCCGGCAAGGAUGGCGGCAACAUGAUGGACUGCCUGAUUUCGCACAAAAACGAUGCUGACCUGAACAAGGGCUGUCGCGCUGCCAUCGAACACUUUCAGAUAAUCUCGCUAAAGAGCUACCAUUUCACGACCAAAUUCAAGGAGGCGUGCCGUCCGCAUGUAUUGCGCUUCUGUGGUGCAAGCGCCACCAAAAACGAGGUUGUCGCCUGCCUUAGUGAGGUCAUGCGCAACGAUACGAUACGCGCUCAGCGGCAUCAGAUACCAAAGGAAUGCAGACAGCAGGUCAAGUCGCAGCUGUAUCAGCAACGUGAAAGUAUUUCGCUUGAUCCCAAGUUGGCUAACGUUUGCAAGAACGAAUUAAAGCAGUUCUGCUCUGAUCAAAAUGGCCCCGGUCAGGUGAAUAAAAAUGCCCUGGAGUGUCUGAUACAGAAAACAUCACGCCUGGGCAAGAACUGUCAUCAUGCGAUAUUCAUGAUCAAACGCUCGGAGCUGGGGGACAGCGGCACCGACUAUACUCUAGUCAACACCUGCAAGGAGAUGAUAUAUAAAUUCUGUCCCAACACUGAAUCUAUGCAGCUGCUGAACUGCUUAAAGACCUACAAGGAUGAUCCCACAUUUGAUCAACGGUGUCAUUUGGUGGUCGUCAAUCGAAUGAUCGAACAAAAUACAGACUUUCGUUUCAAUCCAACGCUACAGAGCGCCUGUGGCAAGAACAUUGAUCGCUACUGCUCCAAUAUUGUGAUACAAUCUCAACCGAAUGAGGAACUCAAUGGAAAGGUUAUUAAAUGCCUAAAGGAGAAAUUCAGACAAUCCAAGUUGGAUGACAAAUGCGCUCAGGAGAUGAUCAAAAUACUGCAGGAGCAGGCAUUAAACUAUAAGCUGAAUCCCGUGCUGCAGCACUUCUGCAAGUCUGAGAUACAGGAACUCUGCAAAAAGUAUAUGGAUGCGGAUGAGCAUGGCCAGGUCGAGGAAUGCUUGAAGGCGGCCUUUCUGCGCAAGCAGCUAAUUAAUCGCGAGUGCCAACUGGAGGUGGCUACACUGAUAGCCGAGGCCAAGGCGGAUAUUCAUGUGGAUCCCAUACUGGAAAUGGCUUGCACUGUGGAUCUAUUGCGAUAUUGCGGCAAUGUGGCUAGUGGCAAUGCACGCAAGCUGGAUUGUCUGCGUAGAUUAUUGCGCGAGUCGCCAAAAUCACUGGAGCCGGACUGCCGCGACAAGCUGCAGAAGCGUAUUGAAAUGUUUCGUAAUGCGGACGAUACACUGGCCCUGCCAUUGGAGGAUAUGGGACAGCUGGUACAGCAGGUGGUCGCAUCACCGGCACGGAAGUUCUUCCUUGUGAUAUUAAUGAGCGCCACGGGCUUAGUCUUUCUGACGGGCAUCUUCCUUGGUCGCGCCACAAAACGUGCAAUGGGCUUAAAGAAUAAAUAAUGUAAACAGACUGUAGUUGAUAAUUGUGUAAGAAUAGUUGAUCUAUAGUAUCGUGAAAUGUUUGUAGGUUAAAACUGUGCGCUUCCCAAAUUAAUUCGCGCUUGUAUUUUAUGAUUUUUUGGACCUCUUCCCAUUGCAAGCAGCUAUUUUUUUUAGGGCAAUUUGUGGCUUACUCGUUAAUAAGACCAAAAAAGUGUAAUUAAUUUCACAGAAAACAUAAGUAAAUAAGUGA